AUGGCCUCUUUGGACAACGUCACACACCUUACUGAUGAAGUGGUGGCUGACUUUGGUGGGAUGGGCUCCCAAACGCUCAUUGAAAAACUACAAACCAAGGACUUGAGCCGAAAUGAGGCCGACGACUUGGCUAGUGAAAUCUUUACAGAAAUCCUUCUAUGUCACGAUAAUGGCCAAUUGGCGAACGAUGCAAUCCUCCAAUUUUUAUCAAAUGCAAUUAACGACGAGGAGAAGGCUGCUAUUUUCUGCCAGGCGCUUGACAUCUUCCCUGUGUCAGAAUCUUUGCAGGCCCUUAUAGAUGAACUCAAGAAAACAGAGGUUAUACAAGCGAAAACAUUCGCCGAAAAUGUCGAUACUUCACUUUUAACGUCACUGGAGUUUGUUCCUGCUCAGUCACUCAAUCGUCAAUUGAACACUCGAAAAAGAGACAUGUUCUACACCCAAAGGAAAUUCAAUCUAUUCUACGAAGAGUUCGAGGGAUACGCCAAAUUGGUGCAAGAGCUUUUCAGGCUACUUAAAACGCCAAAGAACUUGGGUUUUGUUGACCUUGCCUUGCGUGCCACGGAAUCUCUCAUCGGACACUACCAACUAGAUCCAAACAGGGUUCUUGAUGUGGUGCUAGAUGUCUUCAGUCAUCUUAUCGUUGGAAACCAAACAUUUGUUGUGAAGUAUCUCAGGCAAUCCCGCUGGUGGCCUUUUGCCCCUGCCACUCCUUUCGAUGGAAUCGAUGCUCUCAACAACGGAGGUAGUGAAACUGCUUCCAAACUUCUUGCACUCAAGUUCACAAAGGCAAAGCCAGAUAAGGACCUUUCAGAGACUUUAAAGAUCUUGAUCGCCAUUCUCAUAAGGGAAGGUUUCGUCAGUUUUGGGUCUAUUUACAAGUUUCUUCGACCGGACGAUGAAGAAAUGCAGUCACUCGAGCAGCUUUAUAAGAAAGAUCUUGAUGAGCAAGUGUUCAAGUCGAACGCUAGUGCUCUAGCAUUGGCUGCUCCCUUGGCCGAUGACGACGAAGAAGGAAAAACUACCAAUGGCUCAACGAAAGAUACAACAGAGACUGCCAGAGAUACACUUUCUAACCGUCUUCCGCUUAACACGAAAUUUCAGUUCUUGAAAACCUUCCUAGAAACUGGCUUGUAUUGGCCUUCUGUCUUCAUUCUUGCGGAGUAUCCUUUCCUUGUUCAUGUUGACCCUGAGGUUCCGGAAUUGAUGCUUCGAAUGAUUGACCAAAUUAUUGAGCCGUUACAUUCAAAGUCAUUUAAAGAUCUCGCGCUCGCAGAGGCAUUACAGAUACCAAGACAACAAGCUCUGUCGAACCAUAUGGCAGGUAUCAAGUACACUAAAAUCACUCCUGCUCAAUUAUACUGCUUCAAGCCAACUGCCCAUAUGCAAAGCAAUAAGGAGCUUGUGUACUUUUACUCAGAGUGGGUAAAUGAUCUUCCAAAAGUGGAGAACUUUGACGACCUUCUCGAGUUUUCGCAACAGUAUUUGAAGUAUUUGGGUACAAAACUAUGCGUCAACCUAGCAGUGUUCUCCAAGCUUUGUGAAUUACUUGUCUACUUUCACGGGGAAACCUCUUCUCCAGAAGACAGAGAGACAUACUUGAACUAUUUUCGGAAUUACAUCUUUCCAGCAAUGACUGGUAUUGAAGACAACCCUGUUCCUAUUGCCAAGGCUUUCCAAUUUCUCCAACUUUAUCCAGUUGAAGAUAGAUUCAAUUUGUAUGGAGAGUUAUACCAGGUACUUGCAAAGAAUAAUCCGCAUGUCAAAAUUAAUUACGGAAAGGCAGAGAAAGCCACAAAGGACACUUUGAAGAGAAUUUCCAAAGAAAAUGUCAAGCCAAUGAUGAGGAGGCUUGCUAAGAUCAGUUUUGUCAACCCUUUGCCCUGCUUCCUCACAAUGCUUCAGCAAAUUGAAAGUUAUGAUAACCUCAAUUCGUUGGUUGUCGAUACUGCUCAAUACUUCAAUGAAUACGGCUGGGACAACAUGACGUUGGCUAUACUUAUGAGAUUGACCUCUCUUGGGCGAAGUAAUAUUCAACAAGACGGCCUACAUGAGCGCCAGUGGAUCCAAUCAUUGGCGUCAUUUAUUGGUCAGAUUUGUCACAAGUAUCCGAAGUCCGUUGAUUUAGAGACUAUAACCAAGUACUUGGUCAAGUCAUUUCACUUGAAGGAAAGUUCAGGAUUACUUGUGUUCAAAGAGAUUCUCGCGCUUACAGGUGGAAUGAAGCCUAUCAAUAAUCUCACGCCUCUUCAAAUUGACAUGAUUAACAGCGGUCAAUCAUUGGAGAAGAUUGUCUACCAGACCAUCGACGAUAGGAGAUUCGAGAGCGUUGAGGCUGGGUCAACUCUCGCAAAUGUCUUCCAAGAACUCGAUUUAAUCAAUGAGAUCUUAGCGCUUUUGUCCAAUCUUGUCAAAGUGGUUGUUUCGGGUGAAGAAUAUGCUCAUCUCAAAGUUUUAGCAAACAGAAAUGAUGACAUCAAUACGGUGAUGCACUUCUUCUGUACCCUCAUUGGCUUCUUUGGCAGUGAUAAUAUCCCAGGCAACCUUGAGUCGAUAACAACGUUGGUGGAGAAAUAUGGUGUUUCAAUACCUUGGGCUUUUGAACUCUGGAGACCGUACCUCACAGACACGGAAAUACUAGGUGACAUUGGUGAGCAAUUCACCAGAGGAGUAUCUUCCUCCCUCUUCACGACUUUCUGGAGCUUGAAGUUGUUUGACAUUAACUUCAAUCCUGAGAUUUAUGACUCGCAGGUUUCAAAGCUUACAGCCAAUGACACAAGCCUUAGGGAAAACUUGUUACUUGCCAAAAAAGACCGUACGACACCUCAAGAAGUUCUCAAGCGUUUUGUUGCUGAUAUCAGGAAGACUGAGGAUUUCAAGGCCAAAAUUCCAUCUGAAAAAGAAGCACACGAAGCUCAUGCCAAAGAAGUGACGGAUACGCUUUCAAAUCAUUGCAAAGCCUGGUUUUCGACUGAUUCAUCCACUGAGAUAGAAAAUGAGUCGAGAGCUUUCUUACAAGAGUGUGUUCUUCCACGUUGUGUUCAUUCGUCAUAUGAUGCUGUCUUCAGUGCCAGAUUCCUUUUCAAGCUACACGAGCUUGGCCACAACCAAUAUUCGAUCAUUACUCUGUUGACCCAAAUAUUUCACUCGCAAAUUACUUUUGCAACGCUUUUUACUUGCACGCCAUCAGAAGCUGAGUGCUUGGGAUUGUUUUAUUCUGAGAUCUUGAAAAUCCUAGCAAUUUGGCAUACGGAAGAGGGUUUCGAAAAGCUUACCUCCUGUGCACCUUUGAAGAGCAAUGGCGAACAGUUAUCAUUCAAGGAUUACCGCAAGUUCUUGUUUGAUCUCCACUCUGCAUUACUACUGGAUGUCUCGCGGUCGUUGGCUGCUGAAGAGUACAUGUGUCGUCGUAACGCCAUCACUUUGAUGAAAAAUCUACUUGGUGUUUAUCCUAACGUGGAAGACCAUUGUGAAGCCAUCACAGAGCUCAUCGAGAACAUCGUUGCCAAUGAAGAGCGUGAGGAUCUUAAGUUGUCUUCAAGUGCUUUGAUAGGUCAUGUCAAGUCACGAGCAAUGACGUGGGUUCACAUGUGGGAUUUCUUCGAAAUGGAAGAAGAGGAAAAACAGCAACAGAUUGACAAACGCAAAGCUAUAGAGGAGGAGGCUGCAAGGAUUCUCGAAGAAAAGAGGAAAAAGAGAGAAGAAGAAGAGAAGAGAGCUAAGGAGGAAGAGGAGCGCAGGCUUAGAGAGGAGGAGGAAAGAAGAAAGAAAGAAGAGGAAGAAGAACGGAAAAGGCUUGAGGAGGAGAAAGCUGAACAGCAGAGAGAGGCGUCCGCAAACGCUCUCAAGUAUGAAGACGGUGGUGCUGCACCAGCACGCCAAACUCGGAACGAGGAAGUCUCAAGAGGUCGUUACGAUCAAUACUCGAGAGCCUCUCCUCGUCCGGCUACACCAGUGCAUACAGCAGACAAAUCUAAGGAUAAGCCUUCACGGAUCAAAGAAGAGAAGGCUAGAACAGAAGAUGUGUCUAACCAAGCGAAAUUGUCGGACAAGGCUGCCUCCAAUCAGGAUCUAUUCAAAAACAAGAACAGGCCCUCAGCUCCAGCUAGAUCUUCUGACCGCAAGGCUUCGCCAGCCAAGGAUAGCGAGAAAGAUCUCAAAGAAAAGCCUACUUCGCAAGAGAAUGCUCGAACGAGAUUUGCUAAUCAGAAGUUGCCAAGCUCUUCUGAUGCAAGAAACACUCAAAGAAAACCACUUCCACCGCAGCAGGCGCCCCGUCAUUCGAGAUAUAAUCACGGUCAACAGGGACGUCGUGAUGACAGAGGGCCCAAGAGAGAUUCGGCUUCUUCGAAAAGUCAGAAUCGUGUCGAGUCUAGAUCCAACACUGCAACGCCCUUACCGCCGCCAGCAACUCCUCCUCCACCUCCCCCUACAGCUCCUCCAAAAAGGGAAAACUCUGACAGGGGAGAUAGAAAGAGAGAAUGGAGAGGCUCUCACAGAAAUGAGAAAAGGUCUAGAUAUUAG